AUGAGCUUCGGUUACUCUGUUGGUGAUGUGCUCGCCAUCAUUGCAUUGGCCAACAAGAUCCGAAAGGACUUUAUGGGAGCGCCUGAGCAGUUCAAAAGCAUCAAUCAAGACGUUCGGUCGCUCUCAAUCGUCAUCCAAGAUGCUUACGCCAAUUUAGACCACAUGUCAGAAGGGCAUGCUGCCGACUUCAGCGAGAUCAUUGAUACUUGCCAGAGUUUACUUCACAAGCUGGAGAGCAUGAUGAGCAAAUGGAGCGUCAUAUCGGAUACAAGCAAAAGCAAAACAGCACGUAGAUUGUGGAAAAGGCUGAUGUGGGAGCCAGAUGAGAUAAGCGACCUACGAACGCAAAUUACAUCCAAGAUCACGCUUUUGAACGCCUUUAACGACCAAGCAACAAGUCAGAACGUUGCAAAGCUCAUGCAUCGAAGCAACAAUGAUGAAAAGCAAGCUACGUUAGAUUGGAUAAGCUCAAUCGACUACAUUCCCCAGCAAAACCAUCUGGUUAGCAGACUCCAAGCCAACUCGAGACGAUGGCUUUUCGAUUCAGCAGAAUACCAGAACUGGGGAAGUCGGAGAGGCCAGGUCUUAUUUUGCCCAGGUGACCCUGGAACUGGUAAAACCUUUACAACAGCGAUUGUACUCGAAACGUUGCAGGAACAGUCACAGGACAAUCCCGAUGUGCUGAACACUUUCGUCUACUGCACAUACCAGUCACCAGACCAGGAUGUCCAUGGCCUGAUAGCUAGCUUAUUCCGCAAUUCUCUUCAACAGGCUACAAAUAUUCCUGAUGCUAUCCUUUCACAUUGCUGUCGGAAGCAAAGUGCCAAGCAAGGUCUCUUAAGAAACGAGGCGAUACAACAUCUGGAAAUGUUAUACAAGUCUUUCCAGAAAGUCACAUUGCUAGUGGAUGCUUUGGAUGAAGUCCCAACAGAAGUGAGCCGACCUUUCAUUGCGGAGAUCCUCAAGCUACAAAAGACGUGUCGAUUCAAUUUGUUUGUGACGUCUCGCCACAUUCCAGAGAUACAAAACCAGUUUACCGCCCAUGGUGCAGCCAUACUUGAGAUUCGAGGAAGCGACAGAGACAUUCAUCGAUUUUUGAAUGAUUCAAUUUUCCAAUUGCCUAGGUUCGUCGCUAGAGAUCCAUCAUUUCAAGUCGAGAUCGUCGAAAGGAUCACUGAAGCUAGUUCCGGAAUGUUCCUUCUCGCAGAACUCCAUUUGCGAUCCUUAAAGAACAAAAAGUCUCCCAAGGCCCUGCGAGCCUCUCUCGCCAAGUUGUCAGUCGGAUCGGAUGCUUACGACAGUGCAUACCAGGAUGCCAUGACAAGAAUUUCUGGACUAGGUCCAGAAUCCGAAGCACUUGCUAAGCAAGCUUUGCUAAUAAUAAUUUUCGCCCGGGAGCCCUUACGCACAGAAGAUCUGGCAUAUGCACUGUCCGUCGAGCCAGACAGUGAAACUAUUGAUGACGACAACGUGCCAGAUAUUGAUGACAUCGCAAGUAUCUGUGCUGGUCUCAUAAUUGUUGAUCAAGAGAGCAACAUCGUCAGGCUAGUACACAAGUCGGCACAGGAAUACUUCGAGCGCCACCAGGCUCAAUUAUUUCCACGAGCCAGCGAAACAAUGGCACGUCUUUGCCUUCAAUAUCUCAGUUUAUCCAUUUCAACAACAUACUUCGACAAGAGGGUUGAAUUCUCGUGGCCACCCUUUAGAAGGUACGCCCACAUGAAUUGGGCCUACCAUUCUCGUUGCGCUGAGAGAGAUGAUGAAGCCACCAAGGUGGCAGACGUCGAUCUUGAUAAGAGUAUGAUAGUCCCUGACCUUCAUUCCGUAUCCACAUUGGCAAUCGAUCUGCUUGCAAAAGAUUUAGCAGGCAGUCUCCCCUCGGCUCUCGAAAAUGCUUGCCGAGAAAGACGCCAUGCCUUGGUAGAGUUGCUUCUCACCGUCAAUGAUUACGAUCUGAAUUGCGGGCCAACCAUGGCGUUCGUAGCGAGUCCAAGUUCACAACACGAUAUGUUGGUAGAAACGGGAACAACGAAUGAGAUGGAACUGGACGAUGACACCAGGGACGGUCCAUCUGGGGGUAAAAGUGCUUCAUUGCACCCAUGGACCUCGGAGAACGGCACACUAGAUCCUUAUGUCGAAGAAGGUCAAUUUUUGUUAUCGAAAGCGGCUGAGAUGGGCGAUGAUGCCAUGGUCAGAAUGCUCCUCAGACAUGGGGCAGACCCAAACCCAGUUAGCCCUUUAGGUCUAACAGCUCUUUACGUUGCGGCAGAUAACGGACACGAGACAACAGUGUCUCUUCUCUUGGAACAACCCACCAUUAAUCCAGAGGGCACCAGCAGGCCUGGAGCGGUACUGUGGACUCCGCUGUUAGCUGCCGUUAACGGCGGUCACAUCAGAUGCGCAAAGCUACUGCUUGAUCGUGUAAAUAGAAAUUAUAGGGAUGAGCUCGGUAGGAACGUCGCUUGCCUCGCUGCUAAAAAUGGGGAUAGCGAAAUGCUCAAAGAGCUGGUCAAAUGGUCGGAUAUUGAAUUUGAUCCUGCAGAAGGUAUCAAAUGCAGGUCGGCGUUGGAGAUCGCACUGAGAGAGAGCAAAGAGGAAGCUGCUCUGGUUUUAAUACCUCAUUCUGACGCGAAGCGUGUCUAUCGAGGUGGAAACAGGCCAUUGAACCUUGCUGCCACAGCUAAAUCCGGUAAAGCCAUUCAACUAUUAUUCAGUCAAGGCGCCCUGGUGAAUGCGAAAGGCAAGAAGGGUCGGACUGUUCUUCAUACUGCUGCCAUGACAGGGGACGACGAGACGAUAAAGCUCAUCCUGGUCCACCCAGACAUUGACAUAAACCUCAGAAAUGAUGAGGGAAACACGCCUCUCAUGGAGCUCUUAAAAUGCUUGCUUGAUUGGGCCAGCCAAACCAAUAGCUUCGAGCGACAGCGGUCUCAAUACAAAGACAUGGUUUUGAGGUCAAUACAUCUAUUACUAUCAAGGCCUGAGUUGGAUAUCAACGCGCAAAAUCUUGAAGGCGACACAGCUCUUCUCAUGGCAGCGUCUGUUGAUGACACCACUGAUUCAGGAGAUGAAGACAACAUAUUUAACGCUAUCUUUUAUCACCAUGGUGUCAAUAUGGAGCACAGAAACAAGUUCGGCCAAACAUCUCUGAGUCGUGCUAUUAUGGCAGGCUCGCAGAGGGUUCAAAUCAUUUUGAAAGAAACGCAGCUGAUGUAUCAGUUCAGUGAGAUCCAAGCUGAUGGGGAGACGCUGCUUUCUCUCGCUGCUGAGCAUGAAUGGGAUGGAGAGCUCAAAUGGGAAGACAUUGUGAAUAUGUCGCCUCCAGAGUUUAUGGAUCGCAAGUUUUCUGCAUUCUUAAGGGCUGCCAACUCAACGCCGAUAGAUGACCCCAGACAUUUCUUUACCUAG